AUGUCCGCGAAAGACCUUGCUGUCAACGCCCUCCAUGCGAACCAACGACAUCAGUAUAAUCUCGCGGCCCAGGCGAAACGUCUAGAGGAUGAACUAGCUGAAUUAGACAAACUUCUGCCUCAAAUCGACAUUCAAGAAGACGAAGAGAACCUGGAUUGUGACUUCUACAUCGCCGAUUCCGCACCUCCAACCUGGCCCGUCAAAAACUUUCUUCAUCCCGACUCUCCGUUUCACGACGAUGCAGCCAAACGAACGCGCUAUCUGAAUUUUACGACGCGACAUCCUAUAUCAUCUGCCAAAGAGGUCGAUGCAUUGAGGACGGCGGUCGGCGUAGAGUGGAAACGAGUCGAACGGCUCGGAAACUCUUCGGGGACCUCUACGGUAGAUAGCCUCAACUGGGCAGCUAUCGCGGAAAAGGUUUCAGACUUAUCCAGUACAACUCGAACAGCAAUCGAAUGUAAAAUCAAGUGGAUUGGCGAGUUUAGUCCCGAAGUUAGGCGUGAGCAGUGGAGCAGCUUUGAAGUCGCAGCCUUGGAAGGCAUCCUGAAGAAAAUACCAGGGAAUGCAAAAAUCGAUUGGGUGCAAGUAGCAAAAGAUCUUGGGACAAACCGUCUGCCGAUAGACUGUCUUCGUCAGGGACUGCAACGUCCGCCCUUUUCCUGGACGGACGAAAUGAACCAGAGAAUGAUUGACGCAGUCGGUCGCUAUGGCCAAUGCUGGGCGCUUGUCGCCAAACAUGUUUCGCCAGCCGUAAUGGCUUCACAGUGCUCUAGUCAUUGGUAUCGCGCUCUUGACCCUGCUUUGCACUCGGGAACAUGGUCACCAGAAGAGGACAAGCGAUUAAAAGCAGCCGUCCUUGGGUUCGGUAAAUCGUGGGUUCAAGUCGCGACUGCAGUACCAGGAAGGAAUAAUGAACAAUGCCGAGAACGUUGGAUGAAUGCAUUCGAGAAAGGUUCAAAAGAUACAGAGUGGUCAGAAGAAGACGAUCAGAAACUGCUCGAGGCUAUAGGGUUGCUGGGUAAGAAGUGGAAAGAUAUCGGUGUACAACUUGGGCGCCCGGCCAAACACUGUCAACUUCGUGCCAAAGAGCUGCAUAGCUCAGGUAUUGGCCCUCAACAAUCUCCUUCGCUUUCUGCCAAUUCGAACGAUGUCGUACAGCAAGCGCAGGACCCGGAACUCGAAGAAAGACCAACUGUUCCACUACCUCGUCGGGGGAGGAAAAACGUUAUCACUACUGUUCAAUCAGACGAGCAGGUGCCCAACCCUCCACCACCUAAAAAACCACGGGGUCGUUCCAAGAAAACGACAACAACGGAUACCGCUUCUGUUGAAAACCCACCGGCAUCGCGUCCUAAGCCUAAGCCUCUACGAAGAGGGACGAAAAGGGCAGCGCCCCCCGAAUUCGAGUCUCAACCUGAACGGACAAGACCAGAGAGUGAACUCAGUGAAGUCGAUCACGAGACCGCACUAUUACCAGAUUCUUCAAAUGUGCCAGGACCUUCAUAA